AUGUCUCAAGAUCCGGCUACCGCGCCUUCCAAGGGCGGCAUCUCAACUGAUGCAGACUAUCACGAUGCUCAAACCGACAUCGAUCUGCCGCGUGGUUGGAAGUACCGACGACUCCGUCUCUUCGGCAAGACUCUUCCCUGGUAUGCUUCGCCGCGUAUCCAGCUCGGAAUGGUCGCUUUCGUCUGUUUCAUGUGUCCCGGCAUGUUCAACGCUCUCGGUGGUCUUGGUGGAGGUGGCAAAACUGACCCAACCUUGGCUGACAACAUGAACACCGCGCUCUACGGCACUUUCGCUGUGGUUGGUAUCUUUGGUGGCACUUUUGUCAACAAGCUCGGUAUCAAAGCUUGUCUGAGCUUCGGUGGCGUAGGCUAUGGUUUGUACGCCAUCAGUCUUCUUGUUUCUGUUCACAAGCAUGUUCCUGGCUUCAACAUUUUUGCUGGUGUUUGGCUUGGUCUAUGCGCUGCUCUGCUCUGGACCGCACAGGGUACCAUCAUGAUCUCAUAUCCUCAUGAGAACAAGAAGGGAAAGUACUUCGCUUGGUUCUGGGGUAUUUUCAACAUGGGUGCUGUUAUUGGCAGUUUGAUUCCCCUAGGUGAAAACAUCAACAUCAAGGAAAACAAGACCGUCAGCGACGGAACCUACAUUGGCUUCAUUGUUCUCAUGUUUUUCGGUGCCUUGCUCGCUCUUACUCUUUGCAAUGCUGGUGACAUCAUCCGCAAGGAUGGCUCCCGUGUUAUACUCAUGAAGAACCCAACCUGGCAGAGUGAGCUUUGGGGUCUUUGGGAAACCCUUCGCUUCGAACCUUUUGUUGUUCUUCUCUUCCCCAUGUUCUUCUCCUCCAACUGGUUUUACGUCUACCAACAGAAUUCCGUUAAUGGCGCCUACUUCAACACCCGAACAAAGGCGCUCAAUGGCCUGCUGUACUGGUUGGCUCAGAUUAUUGCUGCAGUCAUCUGGGGUUAUCUCCUUGAUAUCGAGAGCAUCAAACGUACCACUCGUGCCAAGGCCGCGUGGGUUGGUCUCUUUGUCUUGACCUUUGUCAUCUGGGGUGGCGGAUACGCUUUCGAGAAGACUUACACUCGCGAGACUGUCGCUCCAGAUUCAGAUUUUGUCCCGGGUGACUGGACAGACUCUGGUUACGCUGGACCCAUGUUCCUGUACAUCUUUUACGGUUUUUACGAUGCUGCUUGGCAAGCCACCAUUUACUGGUUUAUGGGAGCCUUGUCCAACUCUGGUCGACGAUCUGCCAACUACGUCGGCUUCUACAAAGGUAUCCAAUCUGUUGGUGCCGCCGUCGUCAACCAUCUUGAUGCAAAGAAGAUCUCGUACCGAUCCGAGUUCAUCAGCAACUGGGUUCUUCUUUCGGUCUCUCUUGUCAUUGCUGCUCCUGUCAUCCUUCUCAAGAUUAAAGACCACGUAAGCACCGAAGAAGAUCUCAAGGGCACUGAUGAGACUAUUGCCGAUGUGUUGCCAUCUGGCCACCCGGAGAAGAAUCACGAGAGCACUAGCGUUGCUUAA